GCAUUUUAAUUUGCGAUUUUAAUUAUUUACAUUCUAAGGUUCUAAGGUUAGUUUUUGAGUUAAAACAAUUUUGUCGAAAACUGGUUAAACGUAAAUAUUUGUUUUUCUUACAUUUUGAUUUUUACUUUUUCCUGAUUUCAUUGAAGAGUACUGAGAAUUUUCUACCCCUUAAGAAUCUAGCUCUUAGUUUCUUACUAGUUACUACCCGCCUAUUAUUAUACUGCUAUAUCAAUUAUAUCAUAUUUAUUAUCAGAGACCAUUCUCAAAGAAAAUUUAAGCGAUUGUAUAUUUCAAAAGGGUGACAACUGACAAACAUAUAAUUAAAUCGUUUUUUGGCGUGUUAUUAAAAAUAGGUAGUUCACAUUGUUGUAAACUUGUAAAAGUGUAAAACCAAUAGGUAUAAUAUAUUGUGAUAUAUAGUAUAUUAUACAUUCAUCGCUCUUCUAAGAAUUAAAAUAUAAAUAGUGAAAUAAAUUGUAGAUAGAAAGCCCUAUCGUUUCAGAAUAUUAUGGAAUCACGGUUGGUACACUGCUUUGUUGUUUUAUUAUCACUUAUCAAGUUUGCUAGACGUCUUAAGACCGGCAUAGAUAUACAUUUUUCUAAAUUAAAUUUUUUGAAUUUUUCGUUACUGAAUUGCGUUACUUAUUUUCCAAUCAUUUUUCUACAUAUUGUCGUUUUUGAUAAUUAUGCAACCUUAUUAUUUCAAUGAAAUGAAUAAGAAUCUGAUUGUUGUUUAUUUGUUGUAAUUAAAUUAUAGUUUAAUUUUAGUAAAAAAGUCUUUCUAUUCAGGAAUGUUAAUUAUUUAAAAUGUCACAGAGGGCUGCUAAGAGUAAGACUCGCAAAACACCAAAUCCAUUGUUUGAAAAAUGGAUUUCAGAAUGGUUAAAAGAAGCUACUGAAAAAGGUUUGGAAGUACGUCAUGGUUAUCAACGUGCAUUGACUUCAUUGCGAAAAUGUCCAUUGCCAUUUAAAAGCGGAAAAGAAUGUUUAAUUCUAAAAUUUUUUGGUCCAAAAUUAUGUGCCAAAUUAGAUAAGCAGCUCGAACAGCAUAAUCAGCUUGAACAGCAUGCAGAUGAAGGUAUUACGGCUGACAUUUCUAAAAAUACACAAAUUGUCAAUGUUUUACAACCUUCAACAAGUAAUCAAAACCAGAAUUCAAUUAUUUCUUUGACUUCCAAUGAUUAUCCUAAAAAUAACCAUACUGUGGUAGAAAAAGAGAAGAUAGUUUUGUGGCCAAAUGAAUUUACUGUCAUAUUAUUAAUUGAUACAGGCGAAUCUAGUAGUUUACGAAAAACCAAUGUAGACAAAGUUAUUUCAGAAUUGUCAACUUUAAAUGUGACUUUUGAAAUGAGACGAUUGAGUGUUGGAGAUUUUGCUUGGAUUUGUCGAGAUAGAAGUGGAAGAGAACUUAUGUUACCAUAUAUACUAGAACGAAAACGAUUAGAUGAUUUAUCAGGUAGCAUUCAAGACGGCCGUUUUCAUGAGCAGAAGUUUAGAUUAAAACAAUGUGGACUUGAAAAUAAAAUCUAUUUAGUUGAGAAUGAAAAAAAGUAUCAUGGAUUACCAAUAUCUCAUUUACAACAAGCAUUGGCUAACACUGAAGUCAUAGAUGGAUUCACAAUUGUGAGAACAGAUAAUAAUUUGGAGUCUAUGAAAUAUAUUGCAAACUUCUCUAAUAUACUUACAAAUAUGUUUAAGGACAAAACGCUUACAACUCAUAUUGAUGAAGUAGAUUCUGGUUAUGGAAACUCCUCAAACAUUGUAAAACUUAUAUCUUUCAAAACCUUUUCUUCGGGUUCUGCAAAAAACAAAAACAUGACUGUACGAGAUAUGCUGAUUCGGCAAUUACUUCAGAUCCGAGGUUUGUCUGUUCAUAAAGCAUUUGCAAUUGUCGAGCAAUAUCCUAGUCCUAAAUUACUUAUAAAUGCAUUUAGAAAAUCAGGUAAUCCACUCUUAUUGUCAAAUAUAUCUUAUGGUAUACCAAUCAAAACUGUUGGUCCGGCCAUCAGCAAGACAUUGUUUCAAAUAUACUCUGCAAAUGAUAAUCGUGUAUAAAUUAUGAUAUAAUGUAAAGCUAAAUAAUAAAAUGAUGAAUACUUGUUAGGUAAACUUUACUGUGAAAAUAAUUUUAGUAAUAAAAAUAAAUGUGUUACGUUUAUAUUUAAAAUAUAGUCAUUUUUGAUGAUGCUAUUUAA